CUUGAAAACCGGUGAAUAUUUUUCGAUGAAAUUUGCAGAAACCUGUCUACACAUGGGAGGAGCGGAUGCACGAAAGGAGUGCUUGAUGCUCCAAUGCUCCAUCCAGUAGCUGCAAAGACUGAAGUAUAUCAGUAUGCCCCGCGAAGUUCCAGAUAGAAAUAUCUAUGAUGUUAUUGCAUAAGCACCUACUAUUGUAAUAAUGCACGAAGAAAGUCUAUUUCAGUUUGAGUUUUCUACAGGGAAUGUGAAAUGCAGCCUGACCACCAAGGUAGUCAUUCCUUGUGAGUUCUCUGUUGAUGAACAAGUUCAUAGAAUGACGAAGCUGAAUAGUUUGCCAUCUUUCAUCAUUCCAGAGCUUCGGAGAGAGUUGGCUGCUUUUAUAUCGAAGAGAACAUCGGAUUUUGAGCAGCAGGUUACGGCAGAUAUCAAAACAAUUAAUGAUGAAGAAAAUUUGGCCAGGGCCAUCCAACAGCUCCAUAACAAGGAGGUGCUGGCGCACGCCGGUCCCAACACAACCAGCACCGAGGAGCUGUGCGCCGACAUCUACAGCCAGGUGGCGCUGUCGGCCGGCCUGCGACCGAUGCUGACCCUGGAGCAGACGGCCAGCUGCGAGAUGGCGGCCGCCGUGCAGCAGCGCGACAGCGAGCUGGCCCAGCUGGCUGCCAGGCACGGCGCCGAUAUGGAUCUGGCCGUCUCGUCUCGCAGUCCAGAGCAGGUCAACGCACUGGCCGCCCGCCAGUUUGACGACUCGCAGCUGGUCCAGAGCCGCUGGGAGAGCCACCUGCUGACGCUGCGGCAGACGCAGAGGGACAAUUUCUGGAACUGGCUGACCGCCGUCCACGAGCGAAUCCAGCUGGGCGAGCCGGACGUUCCCAGGCCGCUGGUGUCGCCGGCCGGGACAGCCGAUGUGCCGCCGCCGCCGCCGCCGUCGUCGCCGCCUGCCCUCGAGGAGAGCUUCACCAUCCACCUGGGCACGCAGCUCAAACAGAUGUACAACCUGCGCCUGAUCGCCGCGGACGUGCUGCAGCCCUUCUCCUACCACGGCAGGACGGACGAGGUGGACCCCCGCCGCAUCCAGACGGCGCUGGACCUGUACUCCAACUCGCUGUCGGGGCUGGUGCUGCUCGUCGACAACCGCGUCAACUCGUACACCGGCCUGAAGAAAGGUCAGACCCCGGCCCGCCACCGACACAG